AUGAAUAAGGACCAGAGACCCAAGGUCUCCAGGCGUAGUACCCAUGUCGUCACAGACAACAAGGACAGACACAAUUAUGGAAGCGAAAAGCCCCUUUUCGUUUAUUGCUGUCUUUGUGGACAAAUGUCUCUUAUUCUCGAUUGCCCUAUAGAAAAGCUCCCUCAGCGUCCCAGGGAUGGUUCCUUUGUCAUCGAUGGAGUCAAGCAUGCUCAUAAGAUAAACGCAACGAGCGUUGAUCCCACAUCUAAUGUUUAUGUUAGAUGGGAUGAUGGCAUAGAGAAGCAGUUCCGCCGAUACUGUAAAAAUUGUGGCCUUGUAUUAUUCUACCGACACAAAGCGACUAAUUUCCCGGCUGAAUUUGUUGUACAAGGAGCACUAAGACUGCAAGACGAUAAAUCUGGCAUUAAUUCCAGCGUGCUUACAUCAGUCAAGGAGUCAGCUAGGCCUUCAGACGAUGGCGGUAAUGUUAAUACUCGUCUUCUUGAAGCCCUCGCUUCCCAGGCUGCUGCGGCUGCGUCUUCUCAGGGAAAGCUCCAAACCGGUCAACGACAAUACAAAGAAGCUGGAGCACCUAAAGCUCAGCUUUGGGUCCAAAAUCAAAGUACACAGGAUGGUGUGGACACAUCAGUAACCGUCACAACAUUCGAAGAUGAGGAAGAGGCUGCAGAGGCCAGAGAAAUUGCAGAUUCAUAUGCUGCUAAUGCGCGAGUUAUCGAACAAGAAAUGAUUCGUCGCGGCGUUAUAAAGAGACGGAUAUUUGAUGAGGUAUUUUCAUUAAUCAUUGGAUUUUGCCUUAAUUUAUAG